GAAGAAGAAAAAGAACUCAAUGACACGUCAUCAAAAGUCGACAUGAAGGCUUGAUUGGGACACCAAACGUGAAACGCUGCUGCUGCAGGAACAAAUGAAGUUACCUGCCUACAACAUCAUUCUUUGGUCCAGUUCAAACGCUAAUGAAUCCAUUAAUUAGACGGAGACUUCCUCCAUCUGUGAGGAGUCUUCUGACAGACAUCAGACCAAGGGAGGAGUGGACUGACACAGAGCCCGACACAGUAACCAAAGAUGGGAUUCUGCUCCCGUCCAGAGGAGUUGCCUCUGGACAGGAAGAGUUCCUCAUGCCAGCCGAGGUGCAAGAGGAGGAGGCUAAAGAGGAUGGAAGUAACGCCAGGAGGAUUGCGGUCUGCAUGUUAUGUAAAUGUAAACCCUCUUGCUACACAUGUCCUCGGUGUAACCUGCGUUACUGUGGCUUGGCUUGCUACCAGAGCCCAGAUCACUCUGUGUGCUCUGAAGAGUUUUACAAGGAGUCUGUUCUAGAGGAGCUGAAGGAUAUGGGGAAAUCAGAAAUUGAGGGGAGAAAGAAAAUGCAGAAGAUUCUUGUGGGACUCAGACAAAAGGCAGAAGGGACAGAUGGAGGAAUGGCAAGUUUGUUAAGAGAAGCAGGUAUUUUGUCAGACGAUGCAGACGAAGGGGAAGAAGAUACAACAAAGAGAGUGCAGUUUGUGGAGCUCCUGUCCAGGUUAGCAGAGCUCCAACAGUCUGGAGAAGGGAGUGCAACAGAAAUUGAGGCUAUUUUGAGAAAACUGGAGGAGAUUGGAGGAGGGGAGCUGCCGCCUGGAGACACAGAUGAGGACGCUGAAAGUGCAGAAGGGCUGGACUUGGCUGAUCGACUCUCAGGGAUGGAUGUUGAAAAACUUUCAGAAGAGGAGCUAUGGGAAAUUCUCAACAGCAAAGAGAAAGAGAUGUUUAUGGGUCUGAUGAAGCGUGGCGCUCUUGGCGAGCUGGUUCCCCUGUGGAAGCCAUGGUGGGAGGAGCAUGACAAGGGAGGGAGAGCACUGGUGGAGGAAGUGAGCAAACUGGAGAGAGAAAAUUCAACAACUUUGGAUAAACAGGACAUUGAUAAUAAAGGAAAGACAACAAAAGAAAUGGUUCACAAACAGGGCAAAACAGCUACAAAGUUGAGAAAAAUUAAAGGAAGAGACACUAAGGAAACAAGCAAGGGCAAGGGAAGUUCAAAAGUUCCCACUGUGCCUCCAAUUUCUACAAAAAUUCCAAAGUUGAGUUCUUUAUGUGCAAAUCCCUCCCCCCUGAUAUGCUAUGGUUUAGUCAAUGCACUUUUUGGCUACACCUUCACUCUGUGCCUGUUUAACGGUGACACUGAUUCACUGAUGUCUGAGUUUUGUGACAUGAUUCUUGCUCUGUCAGAGGCACUGAACUCAAGCAGGGUGUUCAGCUCUGUCCAAGAGGCCUUGGACUGUGGAGAAACUCUCAUUUCGAACGGAGGGUACCUCGACAAGGAGGAUCCUCUUGCCCCAGCCAGGGCGGUGGAAGCCGUUGCCCACAUCAUGACCGGCAGAGACAGAAAAGAUGCUACAGGAUACUGCCUGGCAGCCUUGAGUCAGCUUCGCUCAGUUCUCUCCCAGGCCAGAACAGCCCUGUCCAAAGAGGGAGAGGAAGGGGCAAGGAGGCAAAAGUACUUCCUGGCAAGCAAGAAGUGUGAAUUCUUUCAGGCCUGGGUGUUGGAUAAUGCAUGCCAGAUUCAUAGCCUAGCUGCUGAGUUAUGGAACGAACACAGUAAAAGAGAGAGUGUAAGGAACAGCAUGGAGAAAGCAAAGUCUGUAGUUGAGGAGAACUUAAAGAAAGGGAAGAGGAGUGGGAAUAGUAGGUUGAUUGAAGAACUGAGCUAAUGAAGGCUUUUUCGAACAUGUUGAUGUUUGUUCAUAUUGUAAUAAAACUAUCUGAAAACCUAAA